GGGCGUGGCUCUGGCUUUGUCACGCAGCUCCUUCUUCCUCGAUUUCUUUACUACGCGAGUCCGACUUGGAGGAAAGUGAACGUCGCCCAGAAAGGAAACAAACAAAACAAAAACCCAGGAGACGGGAGCAGAAACAAACAACUAACCCCCAAAAGCUGCCUCCGGAGCAGUGAAGUGUCUUCAUGGCAGUUCGUCGAGGACACAUUAAGUACUUGAAACAGGCCGACCUUCAGGAGGUGUAUGACAUGUCGAAUGGUUACGAAGACCUCAUGGGGGGUGACGAGGACAAGGACUCCAAGACCAACCUGAUCGUGAACUACCUGCCUCAGAGCAUGACGCAGGACGAGCUGCGGAGCCUCUUCAGCAGCAUCGGAGAGGUGGAGUCCGCCAAGCUGAUCCGAGACAAAGUCGCAGGCCACAGUUUAGGGUACGGAUUUGUUAACUAUCUUAACCCUAGUGAUGCAGACAGAGCUAUCAGUACACUGAAUGGACUAAGGCUACAGUCCAAAACUAUCAAGGUUUCAUACGCACGGCCCAGCUCUGAUACAAUAAAGGAUGCCAACCUGUAUAUCAGCGGCCUGCCAAAGGCCAUGACCCAGAAGGAUGUGGAGGACAUGUUUUCACAUUAUGGACACAUCAUUAACUCCCGUGUACUUGUUGACCAGGCCACAGGAAUAACCGGCUCGUCCCGCGGGGUGGCUUUCAUCAGGUUUGACAAGCGGGCCGAGGCAGAGGAGGCCGUCAAAAACCUGAACGGCCAAAAACCACCCGGAGCCGCCGAGCCAAUCACGGUGAAGUUCGCCGCCAACCCAAACCAGGCGAAGAACACGCAGCUCAUCUCUCAGCUCUACCACAACCAGUCCAGGCGCUUCGGAGGGCCUGUACACCACCAGGCACAGCGGUUCAGGUUCUCCCCCAUGGCUGUUGAUCACAUGAGUAGUGUGGGCAGUGUCAGUGCUCCCGGGAACUCCACCUCCGGCUGGUGCAUCUUCGUCUACAACCUGGGCCAGGACGCGGACGAGAGCAUCCUUUGGCAGAUGUUCGGCCCCUUUGGCGCCGUCACCAACGUCAAGGUGAUCCGCGACUUCAACACCAACAAGUGCAAGGGCUUUGGCUUCGUUACCAUGACGAACUACGAGGAGGCUGCCAUGGCCAUCGCCAGCCUGAACGGCUACCGGCUCGGAGACAAGAUGCUGCAAGUGUCCUUUAAGACCAGCAAGGGCCACAAGUAGAGAGAGAGAGAGGGAGAGAGAGAGAGAGAGGGAGCCGGACAAUCGGGUGUAGAGGAGAGGCGGAAAUGACCUGGCCAGGCUUUUAUAGCAGAGAGCAGAAGUAUUGAGUUUUUAAAAAUCUAGCACAUGUUUGGGUUUUUAGUGUUAAGAGUUAAACGACGUGUUCACUCUUCUGCACCUUUGUACUUGUCUAAAAGAGUGUUUAGGCUGGUUUUUGUUUUGUUGUUUUUCUUCUUCAUCUUUAUACUCAUGCUUGAGGACACUGUAGUUUUUAAUUUUUAGAGAGGGGAUGGAGAGGGUAAAAUCCUAUGAUAUCCCCCCCCCCAAAAAAGAUAACUUUUUGACUAUCUAAAAAAAGCUAAAAUACUGUCCACAUACGUGUUGCAUGUUUAACAGAGGAGACUUGACAAAAGAGGCACGCAAAAUGGUUCUGGGCGGUGCACUAAGAACAACGGCGUGCACGAGGAAAAAGCCUCACGAAUUGUCGACUGUUGACAUUUCAGUUGAUUUUGGUUUAAAGAAGGCGAGGGACAAUAUUUUUUGGGGUUAUUUUGUUUUGGAAAAAGAAGUGCUCUGUCCUGGAUCCUCCUCCCCAUAAGUACAAAAUAGAUGCAUUAAAUUAUCACCCAGUGGAUAUACAGACCUACAGUACCACUCACCGUCUCGAGUCCAUUUAAGAGUAAAGCACUUUUAACCAGUCUGCUUUCGGUUACUAUGAAUAUUAGUCUUUUUCGAUGUUAAUCUUUGACUUUAGCUCACGCUCCUACCAGGUUAACAAUUUUUUAAGCAUGACGAGCUUUGGAGGUUUUUGUCUUAUUAUCCCUGUGUAAAGUGUCUUUUUUUAUUAUAAGUUGUAUUUCAGGAGAGUCCUGUUGAAUAUGAACCCCCGGUCAAUGAGUAGGGAGUUGAGAUGGACCAAAGGCAGGGAGAGAUUUGAUCCUAUUAUCGCAGAUUUAAGGUACAUUUCUACCUGGUUUUUAAGAGGUACGAAGCUUAUAUCUGAAACUGACUGAGGAGCAACGUCACUUAACCUCAGUGUUGUGUUUCUGUUUUUUCUUUUCUUUUAUUUAGAGUUAAUUUGUUUUCUUUUUUUGUUUGGCUAUAGAUUUCUAUUCGUUACAAUGUUGGUUAUAAACUUGCAUUAACGAGUGCUUAUCUCUAGUUUGAAGACUAAUCAAUCGAUGGCCUUUUGUUAAAGUUUUGAUUUGCUUUCUUUUCUUUUUCUUUUUUGUUUUGGUUGUUUCACUUUGAGCAUAAACCAUUAAAUUUUAUUUCUUUUUGCCUAC